UAUUUUGUGAAAGACUUGAACUCGUUUGACGAUUACGGCAGAAAGCGUCCACUGCAAUCAGAAAAGGAAACCGAUCAGCGUUACUCCAUUGAUAUUCUUGGUUUUGAUUCAACGUCCCGCACAAUGUUCAUGCGACAUCUGCCCCGUACUAUGGAGACGAUGAACAAACUAGGGUACGAACUUCUAUAUGGUUACACCAAGGUUGGAGAUAAUUCAGAACCAAACAUAAUACCAAUCCUUGCUGGAGAUCUUCCCGAGGCUCUACAAGAACCAAAGCUAGACAAUUUUGGGGAUAUCAACAGCGAAUGGAUUUUGCCCAGAAGUCGCAAGCUUAAUCCGGACAGAAUCCCUUUUCUCUGGAAGAUGAUGGGAAAAGGCUAG